GACCGCGCCCGCCCCUUGUUGUCACGGCGCCGUGCGGGGCUGGGGCCGCUCGCGCCGCCGUUGUUGCCGCCGCCGCGGGAGCCCGGGCGGGGAGCGGCUCCCCGGCCUCGCCAUGGCCACCAGCACCACGGGCUCCACGCUGCUGCAGCCCCUCAGCAACGCCGUGCGCCUGCCCGUCGACCAGGUCAACUUUGUAGUGUGCCAACUGUUUGCCUUGCUUGCGGCUGUUUGGUUUCGAACAUACCUUCAUUCAAGCAAAACUAGCCCAUUUAUAAGACAUGUUGUUGCAACACUCUUGGGCCUUUAUCUUGCACUUUUUUGUUUUGGAUGGUAUGCCUUACAUUUUGUUAUACAAAGUGGAAUUUCCUACUAUAUCAUGAUCAUAAUAGGAGUGGAAAAUAUGCACAAGUAUUGCUUUGUUUUCGCUUUAGGAUACCUCACUGUGUGCCAAAUUACUAGGGUCUAUAUCUUUGAUUAUGGACAAUAUUCUGCUGAUUUUUCUGGUCCAAUGAUGAUAAUUACACAGAAGAUCACUAGUUUGGCAUUUGAGAUUCAUGAUGGAAUGUUUCGGAAAAAUGAAGACUUGACUCCAUCACAGAGGUGUUUGGCUGUAAGACGCAUGCCAAGUCUACUGGAGUAUUUAAGUUACAACUGUAAUUUCAUGGGUAUCCUGGCAGGCCCGUUAUGCUCUUACAAAGACUAUAUUACUUUCAUUGAAGGCAGAUCAUACCAACUGCAACAGUCUGAAGCAAAUGGGAAAGAAGACACAAAGUAUGAACAAACGGAUCCCUCCCCAAAUAUAGCUGUGGCACAGAAACUCUUGAUCUGUGGACUGUCCUUACUCUUCCACAUGACUAUUACAAAAACUUUGCCUGUGGAAUACAACAUUGAUGAUAACUUCAGAGCUACAGCAUCAUGGCCUGUAAGGUUUUUCUACCUAUAUGUGUCUCUUAUGGCUGCCAGACCCAAGUAUUAUUUUGCAUGGACUUUAGCAGAUGCAAUUAAUAAUGCAGCAGGGUUUGGUUUUAGAGGCUACGAUAAAAAUGGAGUUACACGUUGGGAUCUAAUAUCAAAUCUGAGAAUCCAGCAAAUAGAGUUUUCCACAAGUUUCAAGAUGUUUCUUGAUAACUGGAAUAUCCAAACAGCUCUUUGGCUCAAAAGAGUGUGCUAUGAGCGAGCCACCUUCAGCCCAACGAUCCAAACCUUCAUUCUUUCUGCCAUCUGGCAUGGGGUUUAUCCAGGAUAUUAUUUAACAUUUUUAACAGGAGUACUAAUGACACUAGCAGCACGAGCUAUAAGAAACAAUAUCAGACACUAUUUUGUUGAAUCUCCUGUUGUUAAACUAUGUUAUGAUAUUGUAACAUGGAUGGCAACUCAAGCAGCAAUAAGUUACACAGUCGUGCCAUUUGUACUGCUCUCUGUAAAACCCUCUUUCACCUUUUACAGCUCCUGCUAUUUCUGUCUUCAUAUUGCCAGCAUCCUGGUGUUGUUGGUAUUUCCAUUGAAAAGAACUCAAAAAGGAAGUAAAAAGCAUGAAAGUUUCCAGCCAGUGUGGUCCAGAAAACUAGAAGAAGAAAGUCUUUUGCAAAAGAACAAUUAUUCCACAACAAAUAAUAGUAUCAGUCAGAAACAAGAAAUAACCUGCAGAUAUCAAGCAUUAAAGCAGUGAUUGAGGAAAUAUUAUGAUGAAUAUAUUUUGUAUGUUUUCAGAAACCCAUUUUUAGCACCUUUUAAAGGGGUUUGUAUUUGUUUGCAAAGAUAUUUAGUAAGAAAAGAAUGCAUUACCUAGGAAAAUCAUAUACAAUAGCAAGACUGGAAACAAAACAAAUUAACCCCUCCCAUGCCAUGUCCCUGUGGGUCACGCCUUAUAUGAAGAUAUUUCCAUUAUUUCAAUGGGCACUCAGGACUUGCAACGUAUGUCCAUAGGGUCAUAUGUGUGCCCUUUGCUGAAUGUACGUUGUAUAUCCCAAGGCACUGAUGGGGUGGAAUAAAAUUGUGUCAAUCUAGGAUUAACAAAUGGAAAUUAAUUUUUCCAACUGAAUGACUUGCCUUAAACCCUCUAUUUACUGAAAUAUUGUUUCUAAGUGGGCAUUUCAAGUUUGAUUUUAUGUGGAAAGUAUUUCAAAUAUCUAACAUUAUGUGCUAUAAAGAAGAUAGAAGAUGCAAAGUCACUAGAAGACUUUGGAAUCUUUCAAAGGGAAUUGCAAUAAGCAUCUCAGUAUUUGGAGGGUUUUCUUAAAGUAUCUCAAACUACUAGGGUACAUCACAGAACUGUAAACACUGAUGCCAAAUUAUAGUUAGGUUUCUUUGAUAGAGUAUAAUUACUCUGAGUGGAUUAAAAUAGCCCUUCUGAAUGGAUUAAAAACACCUCAAGAUUUAUCUUUUCCAGGGAUUGAUAGCUCUAAUGUAGAUUUCUUUUACUUUAAAGUACUUAAACCCAAUAAAACACUGCCAAGUGGGCUUUGCAGCCAGAGGGGGAAAAGCAGCCACAAGGCACAGAAGACAAUGUGCACUGGGAUUUCAAUUAAAGUGCAGUUUUGCCCUUAAAUACCAUAAAUACUUGUUCUAGAAUAGAACUGUUUUACAAAAAGUAAUUUUUAAUACUUAAAGUUAUUUUGAACUUUCAGGCAUCAGUUAGUUGAUGAUGCUUUCAGUAAAAAUAGCAAAAUUACCUUGAAGCUCCAGCACAUAGGUAGUCAAACAUGAAAUGACUAUCACAACCAAUUUCUAUAUGCUUGAUAAUUGAUGAACCUUUAUCCAAAGAAGUGUGUGAAUUUGAGGAAAAGCUUUUUCUUUGAAUUAGAAUUUUAGAUGCAAAUUUCACGUCAUAUUUCUGGGUAACAUAAUGAAAGAAAGAAAUCCUUCAGAAUGUCUGACUGUCUGAAUUAUGGAAGUGUGUCAAGGAAACAAUGCAGUGGUUAUAUCUAUUCCAGACCAUUUAUUGUGAUGAUGGUCAGUGCUAGAGUACUACUGUUAAAGGGCUACAUUUUAAUUGCAUAUAUUCUGUAUUUUCAUAUAAUUUUUUAAGUAAACACAAACUGUUUAUCCAUGUGGGGUUUAUUUUUAAUUUUAAACCAGAUACAAAAUAAUGCUAGAGAAAAAUAAUGCAGCUGGUUGAUUAAUAACUAAUAAAUGAUUGAGAAAAUUUUGUCAUAAUAUUUUGAAACCUUAAGUUUUCUCAAAUAUCUAGUUCCAGGUGGAUGAGUAUUCUUACUGCCAGAAGUGCAAUGAUAGUCCUCAGCUUUGGGGAUAUUGCCAAUCAAAAAUCAUGACAGUACUCCCUGAGGAAGCAGAGCCUAAGUUAGGUCAGAGUUAUUUCCUUGCUGUCAUAGCUCUGUGUCUGGCCCUUGGCUCCUUCCCUAAAACUCCAGGAGGAGGGGAACACAACUUCCCAUUUAUGUGGGUUAGCACUAAUUAAUCUACUCUGAAAGGGGCAACUGAUACGAAAUGAGAGUGGAUGAGUCUGAUAAGAUAAGCAGGGAUGUUCAUUGUUUCAGUGACAGCUGUAUUAUCUUGAGAAUAAAAUAAUCUGACUUCUAAAUCCUUACUUUGCCCAGGUAGACCUUCCCUUACAUGGGGUUGUGGUUGUCAUAUGCUUCUUUGACACCACAUUGUGUUUUUUUGUUGUUAAUAAGUAAGGGUAUGCUAGUUUGUUUGAUCAUCCUUGUUAGAUACGGAAUCAGGAAAGACAUUUUUUUGCUUUCUGUACUUGAAGGGACAUUUACGUAAAAGAAAAAACUAGAUUUGCACAUUUCUGGGUGGGUAAGUAGAAAUCGGGUUGAUUCUUUCAGCAUUUGUUACUCUUGAACUUAAAUUCAUCUUAUUGAUGAGUCUCCAAAUCUGUUCAAACAAACACUUUUGGAUGCCAGUACAAUGUGCUGUUUUCCUAUUCAUGUUCUCGUACUCCAGUUUUAUUGUUUUGGCAUGUGUGCCCAUGUGUGCUAUGGAGGCUUACUAAUUCUUCUAAAUGAAAUAUGGAAACAGUUGUAAAGGCUCCCAGGAAACAAGCAGGUUUAGGGUAGUGCAGUCUGGUACUUCAAUGUGAGGGAAUUCAGAGGUACAAUUUUGUUCUGAGGUUUUUUAUAUAGGGAAGUUGAAACAACUAAGAAUAUACAUUCAUGCUUUCAUUGAGCAUAAGUGGCAAAAUACAGGUUUCAAAAUUGGACAUGACUUUUUUUCCUUCAUGACUUCAACUCAUUAUGUAAUUGCAACACAAGAAAAUUAUGACAAUUAAUUAAUUCUGCACAGAAUUUAAGUAUAGUGUCCUAGAAUUUACCCUUGAUUUGCAAUUGUUAAAUAUAAAAGUACUUUGAGCAAAAAUUUUCUCUUCAUGAGAAUGAAUUCUCUUGGGGACUAUGGAAAGGACUGUUUUAUUUUAAUGGCAGCAUUCUGAUUUUAGUCAGACUGGGGUUUUGAUGUUUCUUUCCCUCUGCUUUACUCAUUUUCUGCCUUGCUAUCACACUGGAUCCCGUUUAUCCAUUCAAUCAGAAAGUCAAGAGCAGCCAGCCCCUAUACUUUAGAUAGUUUUUAGGUUUUACACACAGCAUUUGAUAAUACUGAAUUUGAAAGGAUAGCAAUGAUUACUAUUGCUCUUCCUGACAAAAAAUGUAGAAAGUAUAUUUCCUAUAAAUGUUUCAGACAUGAAGGAAACAUGGUUUUAAGUAUUCUUUCACUUAUUAAAUAAUGUAUAUCCAAAAGGCAAAAGUGUUUCCUGUAUUGCAGAUCAGCACACUAUGAAAAAUUAAUGCAACAUAUCAUUCAUAAUUUUAUGGUGCUUUGCAGAUAUUUGCCUAUUGUGAACAGCUCAUUCAGGCACUUAAUGAGUUAGUGCUAGUUAGUAAAUGUAGUCACCCUGAUAGUAACUACUUGCUUGCUUAACGUUUUUUAACUUUUAUGAUUCUGUGUUAAUGAGAGAGAUAUAUAUUACAUAUUUAAAUAAUACUUUCAGUGGUGCCCACUACUGUUGUUAUCAAAAAGGCUUUGUUAGCUUUGCAGUUACAGAUAACGCCUUUCUUAUUCAGGAAACUGAUUCUUCCCUGGCCAUUCCUUAAGUUGACAUGUAGACAAGAUUUCAGUAAUUGGUGACAUUUGAAAAUGUAUCACAUGUAAAAAUAUUGGUAUGCAUUUCAAUACGCUCUUGAUAACAAACCACACUUUAGUGAGAAGACCACAAAGAGACCUUGGUAUAUUCCCUGCUCUGCACUGCUAUAUGGUAUAAGAUUUACCAAUAUAGUAAAUUAUUUAUUAGAGGAAUUUUACACUUGAAGAACUUGUUCUGUUUCCCCCAUGGGAAUAAGUAAUAUUAAUAUAAAUGCUAGGCUUGUAUGACAGGAUGCACACUAGGUAGUUUUGCCUCUUUUGAUGGCUUUGAUUUGGAUGGUGGUAGAAUGUCCUCUGAAGCAGAGGAGAUGUUUGAAAUCAUCACUUCCUGUCUAAUUCAUAUCAAAGUAAUAUUAAAAUAAUCUAGAUUUUUUUUUUUCUCUCAGCAGCUUUGCAAAUUGCUGACAAUUUGUUUAAGUACAUGGUCAAAUGUGUCUUCACGUUUGCAUACAAAUGUGUAGCUUGCUUGCAUAUAUGUAAACUUUCACAUGUUCAACUUUGUAAGUUGGCCUUGAAAGAUAAAGAAAUUUUAAAGCACAGGUUACUAUAAUUUAGGCUUUCAUUUUCCUGAUCUUUAAUUCUUUCACGUUGUAACUCUCAUUGAAUUCUGAAAUCAGGCUUGAGAAUUUAAUUUUCAUUGAAAAUUUUAAAAUACUACCAUCUGUGUAGAAAAAUGAUCAGUAUUAGAAAAACAAAUGGAAAUAAAUUUAAGUAUUUUAAUAUGAUGCAGACUAUGUAUUUAAAAAAUACACAUUAGUUCUGUGCUGAUUCAUCACAGCAUUUCACCAUGUGAUUGACCUUUAUGUAUUUAUUUAAGUCCAACAAUACUCUGAACUGCACUUGGUGUAUUUUUUAAUUUUCCUGUUUAAAAAUCAAUUGACAAUAAGUACUUCAAUAAGUACUUAAAUGCUACUCUGAAUAAGUAAGCAGACACUCCAGUGAAUUGAGCUACUCUCAUAAGAUUACCAGAUCUGUCUGCAUCUCAGCUAGCUUGUGCUAUCGGUCUUCACCUUCACAGUCUUGGUGGAAAAGAAAGGCAGUGGAGAAGUCUCUAGUCAGAACGUGUCCCAGCUGUGCCACACAAUUCCUGCAGGGAGCUAACCCCACGUGCAGAGCUUGGCAGAGGUCCUACCUGCUUGUGAGCCAGGCUGCAGCUGCUCUAUGCUACAUCUGCCUGGAGUUUUGACAUGUUUGCUGUCUUAAUCUCGACAUUUUGCAACGCUAUGAAAUCCAGGCAUCCACAAAGUCACCCUGCAAAGUUACAGCUACAAAUACUGCAACACUUGUUUAUUACGAUCAGAGCUAAAUGAAAAAAGAUUUCUUAAAAACUUGUUUCAGAAUGGGCUUUUUGUAGGUUUUUUACAAAAUCUAACCAUCAAAUGUAUCAAUUUUCAUCACAUUAAAUAUUUAAACCACAAUUUUGCUCAGUUUAGGUAUACAAAUGUGCAAAAGUAAAUGUUGCCACUUUAUCAUCAUUUGUGGAUUAGCUGUGUGUCUAGUGACUUAGACCUGGUCUUGGUUGUAGAUGGUUUUAGAUUUUCUGAACCCAUGUGCAUAUCCAUAUAAACAUUGUGUAAAUUUUGAAUUGAAAAACUGUGUGACUUCAGAUUGAGAUCUGAGGUAGGGCUACUUCUGGAGGAAAGUUUUUGUAUUGCUAGUGACUCAAUCCAGCACCUUAUUCCAAACCAACCUCUUGGCAAAAGAGACCUCUGCACAAUCUUCUUCCCUUGGUUUGUUCUCUAAGGGGGAGGUACCCCAAGCUGGAUUUUCAUUCAGGUUUCACUACAAUAUGUCACAUGAAUGGAUAGCUGUGGCCCGUGCUCUAGCCAGAUUAGACUUGAAAACUGGGACAGUGUAAUCUGAAACAAAAAAAUAGAGAAAAUGGGGUGCCCGGAGACUGGUAAUCAGAAAAAUGCAACACUGCUUAUUAAAGGUGCAACAAGUACUACAAAAAGUUAAGGAGUAUUUGCCUAUGCAUCUUUUGCCUUGCUCUGUGUUUUUCAGUUCUCUUUACAUCUUUUCUUUGUAUCUUCUUUUGUCCAGUGGUGUUGACUAUUUCUAUGAAGAAUCUGCUGAUGUGUCUUACUGUGACAAAGGUGUCAAAAUGCUACAAUAGUAAUUAGGUAGUUACUCUUAAAUCCCAGACCUCAGAUGUGUUCUAGAUCAGCUAGAAAAGCACAUUCAAAAUGUAUUGGAUGAAAAAUAGUGUAAGAUGGGUAAUAUAGCAUUAUUCAAAGAUGUUGUAAUAAGUUAUUCAAUUUAAGAAUUUAAAAUAUGGAACUUUAUUCUUUCUUGCCUUGGUUACACAUUCAAAGGAAUAGUUUUACCUCAAUGCAGAAGUAGUUAUGCCUCUAACCACCCAUAUGUUAAGGUGAGAGAACACCCCUAAAAGUGGAUAGCUACAGUAUUCCUAAAUUUGCCUUUCCUGGUUCAGACUAUAUACAUUGUCAGUGAAUUUCAUUUUUAUUAUUCCAAAAUAUAUAUUUUUUAAAAAGUGUUAUUUUUCAACAGAUCCAUAAACUAAAUGUUGGUGUAUGGUAAAAUUAAAAUACCACUGUUAGUUACACUGUGAUUGUGAUAUUUUAAUAAUUACUUAUUUCUAAUUUGUCUCAGCAGUGCUGCAGAAGCAGCAUGCUGUUAUGUUUUAAAGGUGUUUUUAACUUGCCUAUAAAUGUUCUUUUCUAAUUUGUGUCUUUAAAUCUGAUUAAACUGUAGUUUAAAAAAAGUGAACUUGUUUUUCUAAAUUCUUUGCUGUGUCUUUAAUGAGUGGUGAAGAACAAAAUUAUUUUAAUGCAGUUUCUCCUUUUAGAUUGCUAAAUAAAUAUACAUUGUAUGCA